AUUCUCUAUAGUCAGAAUAACAACCCAAUGUAAAAACAGGAAGAACUUAAAGAAACGGAGGGUGUACAAAACAACCACCAAGUAAACAAAAUUAAAGAAGCACCCUCGUUCAUUGUUCACGGGAAGAUAGAUAAAGAAAGAUGCCAGUGGGAAGAGAAAGUCUUUGAGACUCAUGUGCUUUAUACUGCUCACAGCUCAAAUGACCUCCUAGGAAGGGAAAACAUCACAAGUAUACUUAUACAUAAAUCCUCCAUCCCUUCUUUCCUUCACCUCUUUCUUACCAGUUUCACUCUCUUUCUCUCUCAAUUCUCUCUCAUCUUUUCUCUUUCAUACAUUGCUUUCUGUGCUUACAAAACAGAAAGUAACACCAGAAUUUUUCAGCAGAUAUCUCCCUUUUUUUUACCUUCCUUUUUCUGGUAUCAUUAUCCUAGGUUGUACUUGCUUUCUAGCUAUUUUGGCAUGGAAACUGCCACCAUUGUAGGUUCUGCAGAAUCAUCUGACAGUUCAGAGAACAAUUUUCACAGUAGAAAAAACUCAUUCCAUCAUUCUCCACCUCAGAAUGAUCAGGGCACUCUGUCCCUCACUUCUAUUCUCUUGAUUGUCAUACCAGUUUUCAUACUUAUCCUCCUUUCGUUCCUCGUCGUUCUUAUAAUCCUACUACGACGACAGAAAUCGUCGAAAUGUAACAGUUAUAACAGCAACAGCGACAACAGCUGCAAGUUCGCUGCUCAUACUACAAUCAGUCUAGCUGAAAGCAGUCCAGAGGUGAAUAAUGGGUGUAUGUCAACCGUGAGCACGAGGCCUACAUCACAAUGUAAUAAGGGUGUACAAGUAUAUACGUACAAAGAGCUCGAAAUGGCAACGAACAACUUCAACGAGGCGAAUGUGAUAGGACAUGGUGGUUAUGGGGUGGUGUAUAGAGGAAUCCUUGGGGAUGGGACUGUGACAGCAAUUAAGAUGGUGCACAAGGAUGGCAAACAAGGAGAGCGAGCUUUUAGGAUAGAGGUGGACCUACUGAGCCGUUUACAUUCUCCUUACCUAGUAGAGCUACUUGGCUACUGCGCAGACCAAAAUCACAGGCUCCUAAUAUUUGAGUUUAUGCCAAACGGUAGUCUACAACAGCAUCUACAUUCACCUCACACCCAUCCUCAGCCGUUGGAAUGGAGCACUCGCUUAAGGAUAGCCCUUGAUUGCGCCCGAGCCCUUGAGUUCCUACAUGAGAAUGUAACACCAUCAAUAAUCCACAGGGAUUUCAAAUGCAGCAACAUUCUGUUGGACCAUAGCUUUAGAGCAAAGGUAUCUGAUUUUGGCUUGGCUAAGACGGGAUCUAACAAGAUCAACGGUCAGAUUUCAACUCGCGUCCUAGGGACCACUGGAUACCUGGCUCCAGAGUAUGCUUCAACAGGGAAGCUUACUACGAAAUCAGAUGUUUACAGCUAUGGGGUGGUUCUUCUACAGCUUAUAACAGGCCGUGUACCAGUUGAUACAAGGCGUCCACCAGGAGAGCAUGUCCUUGUCUCUUGGGCUCUUCCAAGGUUAACACACAGAGAAAAGGUGAUGGAAAUGGUAGACCCAACUCUAAAAGGCCAAUACUCCCAAAAGGAUAUUAUUCAGAUCGCUGCGAUUGCUGCUGUUUGUAUACAAGCAGAACCAGAUUACAGACCAUUAAUGACGGAUGUUGUGCAAUCUUUAAUCCCUUUGGUGAAAAACCUCUCCUCUGUUCCCUCCACUUCAUCCAGAUUCUUCACUAAUUUCGUCAGUCCAAAGUCUAGGCGGUCUUCUUUCUCAUAAAUAAUGACUCAUUUGAUUACAUUCUUUCGAAUGCAAAGGAGAUUUCAUUCUUCGUCUGGAUCAUCCAUAUUCCUUGAACCCAACGAUUGUCAACUUACAAAGAGUAACUUCGAAGCCAUCCAUGAAGCGAACACUUGAGAUGAGACAGGCCAGUAUCAGACUGAAUUUGUUCAAAAGAUUCGCUUUCAAGAGUGAAUUAAGAAGAGCAGCAUGGCAAUGAACGUCAAUAACAGGAAUACUACAGGAAGUUGUACCGAGUUAUCAGGAAACAAGGGGUAUCUGUUUGAGAACUAUUGCUAGAAUGCUAGUUAUAUGAUUGUAUAUUGCAAUGUGGUUUAACAUUCUUAAGGCUUUUGGUUGAGUAUAGGACAUUGUAAUAAAAAGUUCGGGAUGUUUACAUUACCUCGAGCUCUUAUAGUUUGCCUGUGGUUACAGCUCUUAAACCGAAUAAAGUUAGUUUAUCUGCAAGACAAGAAAAGUCCUAAA